CAGCAAGUUUCUAUCUAAUUAAUCCUCAUCACAAAAAUGGAGCACAUAUCCACCUCCUUUGAAAUUUCAGAAAUGGAAGCAUGUGUGCCUAAGAAGGAGGAAAUGCUGAACAAGGCAACGGUGGAGUCACUCUACAAGGCCUUGCUGGGGAAGGGCCAAAUGGACACGGUGGCAAACAUGCUAGCAAGUGACCUUGAGUGGUGGUUCCAUGGCCCCCCUCAGUGCCAACACAUGAUGAGGGUCCUCACGGGAGAAACUGCCCUCAACAACAAGGGCUUCCAGUUUGAGCCCAGGACUGUCACAGCCUUCGGCGAUUGCGUGAUCGCCGAAGGCUGGGAAGGUAAGGCCUACUGGGUCCAUGUUUGGACCGUCAAGAAUGGCCUCAUCACUCAGUUCAGAGAGUACUUCAACACAUGGCUUGUGGUCCGGGAUUUGAGAUCACAGACAUGGGAAAACAGGCUUGACAACAUGACAUUGUGGCAAAGCCAGCCCCGCGAUCUCUACCGCCGAUCCCUGCCAGGACUGGUGUUAGCCAUUUAACCAGAAAUGCUAGCAACAUACUCAUAAGAUAAAGAUAUUAUUAUAGUCUAAGAUCAUACCGUGUUCAUGGUCUUCUUAAUCUCUAUAUGAAACUGUCAUAUUGAGAUUAAUUAGAACUAUGGACAUGUGAUGGUCAUGCAUCAUAUAAUAAUUUCUACCUAAGAUGAAUUUUGAGUUUCAUUAGUUUUAUUCAAUUAGUUGAGUUAUUAUUUAAUGAAACCUUCAUGAAUUUGAUCUAAUGGAGAAUGUAUCGGAAAGAGUAUGUUGCUGGGAUAGCUCUAGGUGAUGGUUAAAAUUGAAGGAUGUGAACUUGUGGACAACAUGGUAACUUGGGAUGUAAUCUUUGUAGGGUUGUGAAAUUGUGGUCAACUCAACCGCAUUGAGUUUUCGUACAUAUUUUGCUUGGGUAACUGAUUAAUUGUUCAAUAAAAUGAUAGUGAAGUUAAAACCAAAAAUGUAUGAGCCAGACACAUGCAUAUAUAGAUAUCUUUGUCCUAUUACUGGAAUUACUUGGGAACUUGAAACUUAGACCCCUAAAAUGGGAAUGAACAAAAAGAGAAGCCAUACAUGGAUAUAGAUAUUUUACUCCUACUGGAAUUGCUUUGGAACUUGAAAGACCCCUCGAUGUGGAAAUGAACAAAAAAGGCAAAAGUUUUAAUAGUUAAUGCUGAUAGCAAAUUGAUAUUAGAAUAUUGGUCUUUUUUGGGGGAUUAAAGUUCGAAGUAGGAGAACUUUCUAUGAUGAAUUUGGCAAUUAUAUGAUCAUGAAAAUGGUAAUUC